AUGAGUAUAGCUGUCAGACCACGUCAGCGGGACCUUAAUGACAAGAAAUCUGUCCUCGACGCGGUUGUGGCCAAUCAGGUCGGAACAGGGCCUGAAGACUCGAUCAUAACGGUAAUAACAUCCACACGGCCUGUUUCUUACAGAAUGAAGCGGUGGCCCCGGGCGGUAUUCAGCGGGGAUGAGAUAAGGAUGUUCUGGAGGCGCUGCCACCAGGAAGCCAUUGGUGGAUCAGACCAGACAUGGAAUCUAAUGCACUAUACUUAUCCCUCACCACAAAGCUUUAUCUAA